UUCACAACACUUCCAUUGAGUAAUAAACGUCCCUUCCUGCUGCUGAAACAAUGCAUUUUUAAGAGAGAGAGAGCGACCGGACUGGUGUACAAUGGAGCUCCACAUUACUCUGUACUUACUGUACUGCUGCGCUGCCUGUACAUCAGCAGCAAAACAUUUGCACACCACCUUGUACACGGUGACGAGAGCCUCGUGCCACCCUGAGUUCACGGCUGUGUCGUUUGUUAACGAGCGGCAGAUUACUCGCUAUGACAGCGAGAAUAAGACACUGACCGCCAUGCACUCCUGGGUAAGGGAAGCUUUGAGUGACCAACACUGGGAGAAGUACAAGGAGACGCACUUAUCAGAAUAUUUAAGACUGCGAGAAGAAUUAAACGCUACAAUGAGGAGCUUAGGACACGUCAAAGAUGUUCACACGUUUCAGAGGAGGUCCGGCUGUGAGUGGGACGAUGUGACGGGUCGCUCUAAAGGCUUUGACGAAUAUGGAUAUGAUGGAGAGAAUUUCAUAUCACUGGAUCUGAACCAGAUGAGAUACGUCCCUCACACAGCACAGGCGAACAUCACGGCUGAGAGGUGGAACAGAGACGGAGCUCUGAUUCAGUCUCAGAGCAGCUACCACACCCGCGAGUGUGUGAACUGGCUGAAGAGGUUCGGGAGGACCAACCUGGAGCAAACAGGAAGCAUCUCAUUCUUCCAGAGGACGGCCUUCUCCCCUGUGGUCUGCCACGUCGCUGGUUUCUGUCCCAGCGCAAUGAAGAUCUCGUGGCGCAAAGAUGGAAAAGAUAUGAAGGAAAACGUCAGAAUUGGAGCUGCUUUACCCGACGGAGAGGGAACAUACCUGAGAGACGUUUCCAUCAACAUCACUGAGCUGGACUUAAACACGUUCAGCUGUGUGGUGGGAAACACCUUCAGAGAUUUGACCAAGGAUCAGCUAAAGUCUGAGAACACAAAAUAUUUGCACACCACCUUGUACACGGUGACGAGAGCCUCGUGCCACCCUGAGUUCACGGCCGUGUCGUUUGUUAACGAGCGGCAGAUUACUCGCUAUGACAGCGAGAAUAAGACACUGACCGCCAUGCACUCCUGGGUAAGGGAAGCUUUGAGUGACCAACACUGGGAGAAGUACAAGGAGACGCACUUAUCAGAAUAUUCAAGACUGCGAGAAGAACUAAACGCUACAAUGAAGAGCUUAGGACACGUCAAAGAUGUUCACACGUUUCAGAGGAGGUCCGGCUGUGAGUGGGACGAUGUGACGGGUCGCUCUAAAGGCUUUGACGAAUAUGGAUAUGAUGGAGAGAAUUUCAUAUCACUGGAUCUGAACCAGAUGAGAUACGUCCCUCACACAGCACAGGCGAACAUCACGGCUGAGAGGUGGAACAGAGACGGAGCUCUGAUUCAGUCUCAGAGCAGCUACCACACCCGCGAGUGUGUGAACUGGCUGAAGAGGUUCGGGAGGACCAACCUGGAGCAAACAGGAAACAUCUCAUUCUUCCAGAGGACGGCCUUCUCCCCUGUGGUCUGUCACGUCGCUGGUUUCUGUCCCAGCGCAAUGAAGAUCUCGUGGCGCAAAGAUGGAAAAGAUAUGAAGGAAAACGUCAGAAUUGGAGCUGCUUUACCCGACGGAGAGGGAACAUACCUGAGAGACGUUUCCAUCAACAUCACUGAGCUGGACUUAAACACGUUCAGCUGUGUGGUGGGAAACACCUCCAGAGAUUUGACCAAGGAUCAGCUAAAGUCUGAGAACACAAAAUAUUUGCACACCACCUUGUACACGGUGACGAGAGCCUCGUGCCACCCUGAGUUCAUGGCCGUGUCGUUUGUUAACGAGCGGCAGAUUACUCGCUAUGACAGCGAGAAUAAGACACUGACCGCCAUGCACUCCUGGGUAAGGGAAGCUUUGAGUGACCAACACUGGGAGAAGUACAAGGAGACGCACUUAUCAGAAUAUUUAAGACUGCGAGAAGAAUUAAACGCUACAAUGAGGAGCUUAGGACACGUCAAAGAUGUUCACACGUUUCAGAGGAGGUCCGGCUGUGAGUGGGACGAUGUGACGGGUCGCUCUAAAGGCUUUGACGAAUAUGGAUAUGAUGGAGAGAAUUUCAUAUCACUGGAUCUGAACCAGGUGAGAUACGUCCCUCACACAGCACAGGCGAACAUCACGGCUGAGAGGUGGAACAGAGACGGAGCUCUGGUUCAGUCUCAGAGCAGCUACCACACCCGCGAGUGCGUGAACUGGCUGAAGAGGUUCAGGAAGACCAACCUGGAGCAAACAGGAAACAUCUCAUUCUUCCAGAGGACGGCCUUCUCCCCUGUGGUCUGUCACGUCGCUGGUUUCUGUCCCAGCGCAAUGAAGAUCUCAUGGCGCAAAAAUGGAAAAAAUAUGAAGGAAAACGUCAGAAUUGGAGCUGCUUUACCCGACGGAGAGGGAACAUACCUGAGAGACGUUUCCAUCAACAUCACUGAGCUGGACUUAAACACGUUCAGCUGUGUGGUGGGAAACACCUCCAGAGAUUUCACCAAGGAUCAGCUAAAGUCUGAGAACAAUUUCCAUCUGGCUUGGAUUGCUGUUCCUGUUUUGCAUUUUCACUGGUUUAAUUGCAUUUGGCGUUUCCUGGUAUUGUAAGAAGCAGCAGCAGCAGCAGUCUGAUUAUAACGCACCGUCACAUACAGUACAGCACAGAAGUGAUGCAGCUGUCAGCAGUGCAGACUGAUAAGUAAGUGGAAAUGUUGCUAUUAUUGCAGCAUCUUUAACUCAAGUGUAGAAUACAGUGUUUCUAAUGUAAAACACAUGAACAAAAGCGUGUCUUCAAAAAUGAUAAACUAAGCAGAUGUUUACUCCUUGUUUGUUUUCUGUCUUGUGUCUUGUGUUUUAGUCACUGAGAGGUAAUCAGAACUUCAGAGCCUUCGGUCCUGCUGUCACACAACAACAGAACAGCUGCUUUCAGCCUGUAUCAGUUUAUGUUACUGUGCAGCCAGUUAGCACACUGUAAUACAGUAAUAACAAAUGGUCAGAUUAGCUUUGUAAGGUGACCAGCUGCACAGCCCUUUAGAGUUACCUCAAUUUAAUGUGGUCAAAGGUUCUCCAAACUCACUUUGUUUAGUUCUCCGUGCCAGGUCGGGACAGUUUAAGCAAUUCCACUUUUUAAACUCCCAAACUUGGAGGACCGUAACUUCGCCAGCAUUCAGUCAGUCACUGAAGCAGAACUCAGGAUCUCAUGGGGCUGCUUUGUUUAAAGUCCUCUGACAAAAUUAAUUUACACACUUAAAAAAAAAAA